AUGCCCAAAUGGGAAAUCAUCAAGAAUGCUUUUUUGAAGCAUCUCAAAACUUUGAGGUGGGAUCAAUACUAACAGUGGAGAUGGCACAAUCACUUCCAAUGGGCUGAUGCUACCUUCAGACCUAUUCUGAUACUCCAAUUAAUCUUCAUAAUCAUAAGAUUGUCCAUAAUAGCAGAUACAUUGUACAUUUAAAUUACCUUGGCAACCCAAAUAUGUGCCCACAUUCUCUUAUUUUUAUCCAUUUCGAAAGCAAUAUCCGAAGAAUCGCAUCUCUACAUCUAAUUAUUGCCCCUAAUUUAACAAUACUGUAUGUAUUGGAUUUGCUACAUCAUCAAUGAAAAGGAUUAUUUUAUGGUCUAUGUUGCCUUCACAAGCAUCUAUUAGAGUAUGUACUCUACUUUGCGCAUGAAAUUUUUAACAAUUUCUUUGUUCUUAAUUCAGAGCAUCUUCCUUGCUGACUUACCCUCAUUUGAAGGAUUGUUCCUUUCAACAGUCCUUCUAAUCUUGUAGAUUUUGAGAAAGGAGUUCCUUUAUUUACAACAUUUUCAAAAUCUACAAGCCCUAUUUAUGAUAAUCGAUUCUACUCCCUAAGCUAUAUGCAUUGUUCAUAAGGAUAAGAAUUUCUUACUAUACUCAAACAAGAUCUUUGACAAUUUGGCCAACAAGUUGGAAAGUACAAAUUAGGCUGAGACUGAUUAAUCGCCUGAAAAAACGUCUUCCAUUUAUUCAGCUAGAAAUUAGUUAAGCUUUUUGUAGAACCUGCAAUUGGAUGAAUUGAAUAAUGAUUAGACUCUAUUUGAUUUUGAUGACGAGGACCUUGAAAUGGAAGAUCAGUAUAAGAUAAAGAAUGUUACCUAUUGUAAGGAGAAAACCCAAUUAUUAUCCUAAAACCGAUUUUCUGUGGAAAUUUAAUAAUAACCCCCCAAAACUCAUUAAUAAUAGUAAAAGUUUUUUCAAUCGUUCAAAAAUCAAGAAGAUGAAAGCAUAAUCAAAAAGAAAUUCACAUCAGAUGUGACAAUGAAAAUCGAAUUCAACCACUCUCCUCAGAUGAUGAUUCAUUCAGCUGGCAAGAAGAGUUCUCGUAAAAAGUCUCAAAAUCAUAUCAGAUUAAACAAAUCUUCUCUGUAUAUGACACCAAGUCGUAAGAUCUCAGCGGAUCAACUGUUGUCCAAAGAGAGCAAAGAGUACCCCAGCUCCAAUCAUAAGCAAUCUCAAGAUUUUAACACUCCUGCUCCCAGAUCAAAACCGACCAUCAACCAUAAGAUGAAGUUCCUAGUCAACGUGUUGGAGAAUUGCAGGCUAUUCGACAACGAUGAUGGUUUGCAAAUCUAUUUCAUCAAUGAAAUCAAUCAAAUUCUCUUAAGAGCCAAACUCAAGAAGUUAGAAUCCAUCAAAAAGAAUAUUCUGAGAUCGAUUUCUCACGAAUUGCUCACGAAUCUAAACGCCAUCUUCGGAUUCAUCAAACAAUGUCAAGACAAACAAUCUUCCUCGGAGUCUUGUUCCUAACAAUUAGAAUAGGCUCUGUGUUACACAAAACUCCAAUUGUAUAAGAUCUACGAUUUCUUUGAUUACAGAGACAUCCUGGAGGAGAAACUCAUAAUGAAAUCAGAUAAGUUUGAGAUUAACUCAGUGAUAUGGGAAUGCGUAGAUUUAUUGAAGGACCAAAUCGAAAGGAAGCUUCUCUCAAUUAAAGUGGAAUUGCCAGAGGUUUCCUAUAUAAUUAUCGGGGAUCGUUAAAGGUUGUGUUAGGUGUUGUUGAAUUUGAUAGGGAAUGCAAUUCGAUUUACAUUUAAGGGUGGAAUCGAAAUAAGAGUGUCUAAAAAAUAAUAUAUAGAUUCCAUGUAGGGAAUAGAUGAUGUACAAUCCUACAAUUGUCAGGAUACGAAUUUGUUGCAGGUUUCCAUAAGCGAUACUGGGAUAGGGAUGAAGGAGGAUGAAUUAUGCAAUCUGAGAAAGAAGGUAUUAGUAUAGCAUAUAGAAUUAGUUGCACAUCUCUGAUGAUGAUGAGAAGGUGUCCAAAUAGUCUGUCGGAAUUAGUUUGGGAUUGUCGGUCUGUAAGUAAAUUAUAAAGCAUUUGGCACCUAGCCAUUAAAAUUAUCUGUCAGUUGAAUCCUAUUUGAGCAAAGGCACCCAAUUUUAUUUCGUAUUGUAAUAUGAUGAGGAGCAAGUGCAACAAGAACAAAGUCAAUUGUAAAAUUCAUUCAUUCACACCAUUCCCUUUUUAGAACAGCAAAGCACUCAGCAGGUUCGAGUUUUGAAUUACAAUAAAUGUAGCAAAACAUAGAUGGGAGACCAGAUUGGAAAUGUGGAAACAAAUGUUUGCAAUUGCAACAAGGCCUUAAUUGUAGAUGAUGAGCAAUUCAACAUUCACAUCCUCUCCCAUCUCAUGAAGAAGUUGGGCUACGACAUUGAUUUUGCAUUCAAUGGCUAGUAGGCUAUUGAGAAAAUAGAGGUCCAAUUGGCUAAUCGAUGCAACACCUCAACUUGCAUUGGAUACAAGUGUAUUUUGAUGGAUAUCAAUAUGCCCAUUAUGAGUGGGUGGGAAGCUGUACAAAGAAUUAGAUAAAUGGAAUAUAAAAUCAAAUUAACGAGAACCAUUCCUGUCAUUGCAGUUACUGCUUUCUGUAGCAUCCAAGAUUAGUAGAAAAGCAUUCAAGAGGGCUUUAAUUGUGUGUUAACCAAACCUAUUUCAAAGGAAAAACUUCGGGAUACUUUUCAUCGGCUCAAUAUUUGA